ACAGCCAGCCAGCAGAGCCAGGAUCCCCGCGUCUCCACACAGCGACGAAAAUAGCUUUAUGACCAUGAACUUAUUCCACAUGUUUUAAUAUAUUUUAGCGCAUUUUCCCUUUUUGGAUGCGACUUUUUGGGUUAUUCUCGCUCUCUGUUAGCGGUGAUACAGUGAGUGUGGAUCCUGAGCAACAGCUGUGGAAUAUAUAAACUCCGCUAUAUGGAUAAGGCAUCUGCAGCUGUUUGAUUCCAGACGAAGAAGAAAAUGAAAUCCGCAGAAGAGGAUGCAUAUGGCUACACGCCAAACGUCAGUCUCUCCCUCCCACUGGGCAACCCAUGUCUUCCCUCCCAGUACCUCAGCCUCCAGUCCGGCCCCACUAUAUCUGUCUCGGUCACAGAGCCUCACAGUUACGAUUCCCAGGACGACAUGAUAGCGGGCGGCUACUAUUCAUCCUCCGGUGUACGCCCAAACGGGGCCCCGACCCUUGAGAGUCCUCGCAUCGAGAUCACAGCCUACGGUCAGUUUCCUGAGGAUGAGGUGGAGGAGAGCAACCUUCCUGUUGCCAAGCGGGUCAAUUCCGUAGUGACGCUGACCCUCCCCAGUGCAGACAGUUACAGAGACCCAAGCUGCCUGAGCCCGGCCAGCAGCAUCUCAUCCCGCAGCGGCCACUCCGACGCUUCCUCCUACGAGUCGAGCUUCUCCUACAACUAUGACAACUCACCCCAGAACUCUCCCUGGCAGUCGCCCUCUGUGUCCCCCAAGGGAUCCACCCUCGCUCUGCCAGGCGAUGGCUUCACCUCUGGCGGAUCUACUCGCAACUCUCCCUCCACCUCCCCUCGCACAAGCGUGACAGACGACACCUGGAUGGGUCAGCGCGGCUCCAGGCCAAACUCCCCUUGUGGUGCAAAGAGGAAAUACAGCUUUAAUGGCACCGGACCAGUGCACAAGCAAUACCCGUACUCACCAAAUCACUCCCCAGGACUCUCCCCGCAGACCUCCCCUCGCCUCAGUAUCACAGAGGAAAGCUGGCUGCCAAACACCAACCAGUACACCAACUCGGCUAUCCUGGCAGCCAUCAAUGCCUUGACCACAGAUGGAGUGACCGACCUCGUUGAGGGGAUCCCCAUUAAAGCCCGGAAAACCAGCCUGGAGCACAGCCCUACCAUCAGCUUGAAGUUGGAGCCCGGAGGUGAGGACCUGAUUCCAGGGGAGCUCGGUCAGGAUGAACAACGGCUGCCAUUAAAGAAGGAGGGCUACUGCGGUGGGUUUCUGGAUGUGCCACAGCACCCGUACUCCUGGUCCAAGCCAAAGCAAUAUGUCAGCCCAUCCUUGCCUGCUCUGGACUGGCAGCUUCCGUCCAGCUCGGGGCCGUACAGCCUGAAGAUUGAUGUGCAGCCCAAGUCCCACCACCGAGCCCACUAUGAGACGGAGGGCAGCAGGGGAGCGGUGAAGGCCCUGGCAGGAGGACACCCUGUCGUGCAGCUCCACGGGUACAUGGAGAGCGAGCCCCUGACCCUGCAGCUGUUUAUUGGCACAGCUGAUGACAGGCUGCUGAGGCCGCACGCCUUCUACCAGGUCCACCGCAUCACCGGGAAGACAGUGUCCACCCCGAGCCACGAGGCCCUGCACACCAACACCAAGAUCCUGGAGAUCCCACUGCUGCCGGAGAACAACAUGCGGGCCAUUAUCGACUGCGCAGGGAUCUUGAAGUUGCGUAAUUCGGACAUUGAGUUGAGGAAGGGGGAAACUGACAUUGGACGCAAGAACACUCGUGUGCGAAUGGUUUUCAGAGUCCACAUCAGCCAGGCCACGGGGAGAACCGUGACCCUGCAGGCCUCAUCCAACCCCAUUGAGUGCUCCCAGAGAUCGGCCCAGGAGCUGCCGCUGGUGGAUAAGCGGAGCCUGGAGACGUGUGCGGCCCUCGGGGGUGAGAGGAUGCGCAUCGACGGACACAACUUCCAGCACGACUCCAAGGUGGUGUUCGUGGAGAAGGCUCAAGAUGGACACCACCUCUGGGAAACUGAGGCCAAGGUAGACAGAGACGCCUCAAAGGCUAAUUCAUUACUCGUUGAAAUCCCUCCCUAUCGGAACCAAAGACUCUCCACUCCGGUCCAUGUCAACUUCUACGUCUGUAACGGCAAGAGGAAAAGAAGCCAGUACCAGCGCUUCACCUUCGUCCCCGCCAAUGUUCCAACAAUAAAGACGGAGCCGCACGACGACUACGACGCCCCUCUGGUGUGCGGGACCGGGCAUCCGAAGACAUACUUCCCCUCACAGGUCAUGACCCCCAUGGUGACCUCUGACCUCAGGCCAUGCGUGGUGGGCGGGUCUUACUCUGUCAGCCAGCAAAGAUUGGCAGCCAAGCCCUCGUCCCUACCCACCUCCUCCACCCCGAGCCCCAAACUGCACGACCUGUCGCCCCCGCCCUUCUCCAAGUGCCUCUCUGGCAGUCCAGCUCUCCAACAACCGGGCCAACAGUCCCCUGUCCCACACAUCUCCAUCAUCCAAGAGACCCCCGGGCGCUACCAGCCACCCAUUCUCUACCCGCCCAGCAGUUCCUCCUCCUCAUCAUCCCCAACCUCGCAGGCCUCCACCCCGACCGACGGCCCUUUCUCUCCGGCCUUGUGCGUGACCCCCCAGCCGGUGAGUGGCAACACCAGCCCGCCAGCUCAGCAGCACCCCAAGGUGCCACAGAGGGGGCGGGGCUCGCUUCAGGAGGACGGCAGCCCCUCGACGCUGGCUGUCAGCAUCAAACAGGAACCGCAGGAGCUGGACCAGAUGUACCUCGAUGAUGAUGCGCAGAAGGUCAAAGCCAGAUCAAAUAGAAGAGAGGAGGUCAGUCAGUUCAGUCUGGGCCGGGAAGAGCACACAUGGCAGCAGAACGACCCGCUGUAGGAGGGUGGAGAUGAGUCAACGAGAUCAUCAGGAACGACCUGUCGAGCAUCUCUGUCCACAGCCACGCGUAGUUUCCCACCAAACUGACACAGGAGUAAAAAAUAAAGGGAAACACCAAACAAGAUUUGACAUUGUGCUUUUCAUGCUUGGACUACAGCGUGCAGAAAAGCAUCCAAAGAAAAUGCAAAGAGAACAAAUGUAAAUGUCCAGAUGACCAGGGUCCAAUGUGUGCCUUGUUUUUCAUAUAUAUAAUGCCUUUACUCAGAAAUUAGCACAUGAAUGACUUUUUUGUAAAUUGAGUAUAGCAAUCACAGCUGCCACCCCAGAGCAAAGUAUGCUUUUAGAGGACCAAAACAUUUUUACAUGUCUUUUUUGCUGCAGUUUGUAAAUGAUUCAGUGCCUAUGAGUUAUGUUAUUUGUAUAUACAGUAUCUGCCAUGCUUCAGUUUGCAUAUCUGGCUUUACAGAGGGACAAUUUAAAAGAGAAGUGCCUUUUUGACUGGAAACACGAAGACGUGGCCUUAGUUUGGUGUCACACCUUCAACUUGAAAGAAUUUAUAAAGAUAAUGUUACUUUUCCUGAAAAGUUGCGACAAAUGGUCAUGGUAAAGUAAUGACAAAAGAAAGUUUAACAGUAGCACAAAUAGAGAAGAGCCACCAAAAGCUAUACCAGUCGUACCAGACUAGGAGAAGCUGUAGCAAUGAAACACCUGAGUGUUAAAUUGAUUAAAGGUUACUUUUCAUUUGUCAUAUUUUCAACUUUACGUUUUUAUUUACAAAAGCUGCAUGGUUUCACUUUAAAUUAUAUUUGGUUAGCAUUUGGUUGUAAGCAUGGCGUCAAGGUUAACACAAUUGAAUACAUUUUGUGUAUUUAAAACCAACAAUUAGCACUUAACCUGUGGUCUGGACUUAGUUAUAGUUUAUUAAGUCACUUAAUAACAAUGACAGUACUCUACAGAUGAUCAUUUAACCAGGAAUUAUUUCUUUUUGUGUAGUUAAAGAAUAUUGAGUUAUUUUUACACUUGAAAACAACAUGAUCUCUGGAGUACACUUUUCUGUUUUUUAUCAAAGAAAAAAUCAUCUCAGUUGUACUUUACCCCUGAAGCUAUGCAAUCUGCCUGUAGUCUCUCAAAGAACUCUCUCAUCCAAAGAAUACUUAACACAAACAGCAAUACGAAUAUAAAAUUCUUUCGGGUUUUUGUAUUUUCAUAUUCAUUGUCGUAGCAUGUGCUCUGUUUAUUCAUGUUAAUCUUACAGCCUCUUUUACAUGGUUACCUACAUAAUGUGGUUUAUCUACUCAUUUGUACUCUUUUAGUAAAACUUAAUGAGCUUACACACUUAGUUUCAAGUUUUUACAUGUAUUUAUGAGUCUUAAUCCUUAUAACUGAAGCCAUACUGAUACGUUUACAGAGGGGGUUAUUAUAAGUCUACAACUCGUUAUUCUGCUUUGUGACUUAUUUUGUGUAUUUGUCAAUAAAUAAGCUUCAUCUCUUGUA